UACACGAAUCUGAAGCUGUGACUUUUAUCAGUUAUCCUUUUGCCCUCGUCCUGUGAACUUCGUCGCGCUGCGAAUUUUCUCAAAAAAUGUUUCAAAAUUUCCCUCCUUCAGUGUGAGUGCGUAGAUAGUAAGAGUGUGUGCGUGAGGGCGCCAAGUUUUCGGUGAGACUCUAACCACCAACCAAAAAAAAAACCCAAAACCCAACAAGGACGACGGCAAACUGAGACAUUGAGCAAAAAACAAAAAAAAAACAAGGGAGAAAGGAAAACACAAACAGGCGAGCAAAUAAACAAACAGGAAGAGCCUGCGGCGGGGCAAAAGUUGACACAAAACCGCAAUCAAAAAUAGUAAACAAACUCUGCAAAAUUGAUAAAAUCCUUGAAAGGACGACGCCGCCGAGUAGGCAACCAAUUUGCUGCUAGCCAUCAUGGAAAUGGACGUUAAUCGCCCGCCAGGCCGCCAUGGCAACCUAAUGACCAUAUCCGCCCGCUGUUCCAACAACAAUGCAUCCACGGCAACAGUAACAGCAGCAACAGCAACAACCGGAAGUGAGGCAACUUCCUCUGCGGCGCCGCCGAGCGGCUGUUGUGGCAUCUUGAGUCGCCUUUUUUGUGUGAGCCGUUACAAAGCCACGCAAUCGGUGGCAGGCAGCGACUACAACAGCGGCACCGAUCCCUUCUCCCAGCUGCAACUGCAACGCAAAGGUGGCACCAGCACGGCGUGUUCCGGACAGCGACGGCGACGCACGCCGCAGGAAAUCUACUUCGAGAGCCGCGGCAAGUCCUGCAAGAAACUAUUGAAAUUCAAUGGCAAUUCCAACAAGAUACUGCUGUAUCCCGAGGAGGGAUGGGCGCGAACCGCCUCCUCCAGCUACUGGACCAUCACGCCCUGCUGGUGGCAGCCAAAUCGGUGUCGCAUCGUCGAGUGCUCCGGGACCCAGCGACGUGCCACCAAGGCCCGAAUGCUACCGCUCGAGCAGCAAGGCUCGCUCCUGAUUGCCGGACACUUUCGCAGGACAUCGCCCGGUGGUGGAUGUGGCGAGGGCCGGAGUAGCGGCUGUGGUGCUGGGGGUUCCGGCACAGUGGCUGCCACUCCAUCGCUGCCAGCUACACCUGCAGCGACAGCAGCAACAAAUGCCAGAGCUGCAACUGGAGGAGCUGCAACACCGAGGGAAGCCUCCGACAAGUCACCGCCCGCGGGGAAUGACGAGUUCAAGCUGUAUCUGACAUCCAACAUCUCGAUGGAGGACUACAACAUGGGCUACUGCCUGACGGGAUUCGUGGAGCGUCGCUGCCAGGUGACAAACACCUUUCAGAUGACUCACUUUGCCGUCAUCAAGCGGCAGUGGCCGCCCUCGCCGUCCAAUCUCAGCAACAACUAGGACCCCCUCUUAGAAGAAAUUGGUAAUUGUGAUCCGAAAGUAUGAUUUAAAAAACAGGUUAUGGUUUUUAAGUUCAAUUUAAAAAGGAUUUAAUAUGUUUCCUUUAAUGUUUAUUAUUUUUAAUUCCACCUGAAGCUCAAAAUACACUCGAAAAAUCAACCCAUAACCUGUUAGAUCUACAAGUCUUGAGUUUUUUAGAAAUUAAGUAGAACGUUCUCGUGCAAUCUCGAAUUAAAAUCAAAAUCUAAAAACAAGAAUAGAAAAUGUAACAUAAAAAAAUCUAAAACACUAAAGGAUUAAUUUUGAAAUACUAGAACCCCAUCCCAGUUUCUAACACAUUUCCAUGCAUGUUUAGUGCGUAAAUUGUAAUUUUAACUAAACGUUCGAGAGGAAUAAAAAACAAAAAAACAGAAUUAAAAACUUUACGUGUGCUUUCAGUGUUGUGUAAACUAAAAAUAACAAAAAAAAAUAACAAACAAACAGCAAAAAAUAAGAGUAACAACCGAAAGGAGAAAAAAACUAGUAACUGUUAAAUGCUAAAUGCAAGUAAACCGCUUUGCCAACUCACACACACACACACACAGGCACACCCCUGGUACACACACACACUGGCAUUUACAAGCCCACUCACACACUCGCACACUUAAGCUCGGGCAGCUACUUAAUGCUUCAAAAAAGUGCAACAAAUUGAAACUUGUGCUUGUCGAAGCAUGUGAUUGUAAGUGUACUAAAAGGCUGAAUAUGUAUGUGUUUGUGUGCGUGUGUGUGUGGGUGUAUGGGUGUGUGUGUGUGAGUUGGCUCCCUUUUCAACUACAAAUAUGUACUUUAAUGGCCAUGUUUGCGGAACCUAUUGCCUUUAAGCUUUAAAAUAUAAGCGCAACUCGGGCAGGCAAACAAGUCAACAGCCUUUCGGCGAAAGGAUACUAAGCAAUUAUUUAUAAAGUUCUCGGAAAUUAUUAAUUUCUGAAACUAACUAACUAAAGACUAACUAAAGUCUAGUUCACUUUUGAAACUAUUUAAGAAAAACUGUGAAGCUUAGUGUCAAAGAGCUGAGUUUGCCUGCCAACUUUAGGCUAAUCUAAGAAAAUAAGCCAAUUAAUCUGUGUAGCUCUUUCUCCCUCUACUCCCCAUCUCACUUACUCUCUCUAUGCUGUCACCCCACCACCCUUACCCCCCACUGUCUGUCCCCUUCAUUCUCACUCACUUUGAGCAUGAUACGCAACGUAUAUCAACAAUUCGUCCAAUAAUUGGAGACUUUCGGCGCCAAAAAGCGGCCCAGAGUCGAAAAUUGGCAAGGCCAAAGCUCCAAUUGCCAAAAACCCUAAGUGUUAAAAACAAAAAGAAAGUAAUGCGAAAAUGAAACCAAAACGUAAAGAAAACCAAAGCUAAGUCAAAAAACUUGAAACGUAAGCUAGGAAAUAGUUUAAAAAUUCAAUAUUUACACUCUAGAAUAAUAUAUUAUACAUAAAUACAUAUAUAUUUGUGUAGUAGGCUGAACAUUUUUGCGUAUCGGUGUAUUUAUAUAUAAAUGUAUUGCGGAUACAUUUACAAAAAAAACAUAACAUUUUUGCUCGCGAUCGCGUAGUUCGCGUUGCUCGCUUUUAGGCGCUUUUACACGCAAGCGAAUAAGGCAGUUAACCUCUCGACUCCUAAGUACCCUAUUAUUUUGCUUCAGACACUACUCUUCCCUGCCAGUUUAAUCCUAAACUAAUUGAUAUUUAAGUAUCAGGUACCUGCCAGAAUCAACAACAACAACAACAACAGCACAGAAAAUAAACAACAAAAAUAAAUAAAUAUUUAUUGAGCUAUUAUGUCUGUGCAAAUAUUUGUGUCCAUUUUGAUUAGAGAAAGUAAAUAAAAUAAAUUAUUUUUUAGAAAGAUCUGAACUAACACUAACACACCUACCUAUUUACCUACACACACACACACGCAAAUCGAUGUCGUAUCCCUGAAUUGUAUAAAUUUUUCUCUCUGUGUACGUGUAGCAAAUAUUUCUGCGCCUAUGCUUAAAUAAAUAAACAAACAAACAGACACACAACAGCUUCAAGCUGACAUUCGAAAACAAAACACAACAAAUAUACAAAAAACAACACGCAAUGAGCUUUUUUGUAGUCCACUCGAGGAAAUUUCUAAUUAAACAUUUUUUAAUGCAAAAAGCCAGCGAACAAGAAAAUCUACCAAAGCUACAUGAGCAUUGGCAAUUAAUUAAUAUUAAGCUUCUAUCGAAAUAAGCGAUGUAAACAAGCAUAAUUAGUCUAAAAGAGAACUAAGAUAAAUUGGUAGCAGAAAAAAAUCAGAUAAAAAAGAAAGCAAAAAGCAUGAAAAAGUAAAUUUCAAAAUCAAAUCAGAU